UUUUCGUUUUCUCACUCAUUCGUCAUAAUUUUAUGCCUUCAUCUUCAUGAUUUGUCUCUCUUUGCUUUUUCGGUGAAAUUAUUUUGUUUAUUUCUGUACGAGUCACAAUUUCUACUUUUUCAGGUUUAAUCCUUAGGAAAUCAUGGUAAGUUUUUAAAAUAUCCAGUAUUCUAUGAAUUAAUUUUAUAAUUAUACGUUUAGCAUUUUAGCCAUAUCGGUCAAAUAAUAAUUAUCAAUUAUCGUCAUAAACCAUGUGACUUUUUGUAAUGAAUUAUAUUUCUAUGUUAAUUUCUUCAUCGAUAACCUCGAAUUCGUGGUUUAAUUCGUACUGUGAAAUCCUAUAGUUUAUUGUGUAAACAUUCUUAAAUGUUUUUCCGAAAAAUUGUACUCGGAUCUUUCACAUGAUGUAUUAUCUUACAAAGAUUGAUAAAAAUCAGUAUUAUAGUUUUAUGUCAUUAUUUUAGCCACCCAAGAAAGAUGCAAAGGGCUCGUCAAAACAGCCCCAGAAGACUCAAAAGAAGAAAGAAGGAGGAGGUGGUGGCAAAGCCAAAAAGAAGGUAAACCAUCAUAAUACAUACAGUGUUUAUAAUUAAGGUUAUAUUAUGUUUUGUGUACAUUAUUAUUGUAGAAGUGGUCCAAGGGAAAAGUUCGUGACAAGUUGAACAACCAAGUGUUAUUUGACAAGGUUUCGUAUGACAAAUUAUUGAAAGAAGUUCCAUCAUACAAACUUAUUACCCCUUCAGUAGUCAGUGAACGUUUGAAGGUCCGAGGAUCGUUGGCUAGGAAAGCUUUAGAUGAGCUCUGCCAAAAAGGUAAGUUGUGUCAAACACGAAUAAUAUAAUUCUAAACGAAUUCAUUAAUUAUUAUAAACUUUUAUGUAGGUCUUAUCAAACAAGUAAUUCAACACCAUGCACAAGUUAUAUACACCAGGGUAACCAAAGGAGAUGAAUAAGGAUGUUUUUGUAAAAUAAUAAUUUUAUUAAAUAUAAAAAUUCCAUCAAAUUUGAGUUUUGACUUAUUAUUUAAAGUGGUAGAUUCUUUGGGUAGUAUGGCAAUUCAAUAGUUAUCUUGGACAAUUAGUAUCUGUAUUUUAUUGUAACUAUAGGUGCAACUAGACCACCAACUUAGGCGGUGCUAAAAUUAUAGACAUGAACCUACGGAAGCAAUGCCUGUCAAACAAUCCCUAUUGUACAACAUCUUUUAUAACCACAAUUUUUUUUAAGAAUCUCAUAGUUAUUGUUUAUCUUAAAUAUUAUAAAAUAUUUAGUUGUUACUUUAAUAAGGAUUUUUACUGUGUAUUUUUGGGGUGCUAAAAAAUAGCCAGCGCCUUCUGAGUUAUGCCUAUGGUUUUAACCUUAUAAAUGGAUUAUAAUAAAUUAAAUAUUAAUAUGUUAGAAGAAAUUGUAUUUUCUUAAUUAUUCGUUUAUUUUAUUAUUUUAUAUAACAACUUUCAUUUAUAUAAAUUACUAUGAAAUUUAAUACUAAUUUCAGUCUUUGGCACUUUUAAAAUAUUAAAAUUACAUUAUUAUAUCCUUGAAAUUUUAACUCUGUAGUUCUUAACUAUUGAUUAGACCGGUUGUCAAAGCUUAAUGAUAUGCCAAAAAACUGUUGUCCCUAAUUAGAGAUGUUCAAAACAAGUGAUUUGAACAAUUCAUUUUGUUAAGAUUUUUUGCUAUGAAUAAACAUGUGAUUCGGUUAUAUUGUUCAACUUAACAAUGGACAAAUGUUUAAUAAAUAUGU